AGCAGCUUUCUGUCCUGGCCACACCGAGGUGCAUAGCGUAAUGUCCAUGUUGUUCUACACUCUGAUCACAGCUCUUUUGAUCGGCAUCCAGGCAGAACCCCAUCCCGAGAGCCAUGUCCCAGCAGGACACGCCAUCCCCCAAGCCCACUGGACUAAGCUUCAGCAUUCCCUCGACACAGCCCUCCGCAGAGCCCGCAGCGCCCCAGCGGGGGCAAUAGCUGCAAGGGUGGCAGGGCAGACCCGCAACAUCACUGUGGACCCCAAACUCUUUAAAAAGCGGCGACUGCGCUCACCCCGCGUGCUCUUCAGCACGCACCCCCCACCUGUGGCGGCAGAUACUCAGGAUCUGGACGCGGAGGCCGGCGGUGCCGCCUCCAUGAACAGGACUCACAGGAGCAAGCGGUCAUCGUCCCACCCUGUCUUCCACCGGGGGGAGUUCUCGGUGUGCGACAGCGUCAGCGUGUGGGUGGGGGACAAGACCACCGCCACGGACAUCAAGGGCAAGGAGGUGAUGGUGUUGGGAGAGGUGAACAUUAACAACAGUGUGUUCAAACAGUACUUUUUUGAGACCAAGUGCCGGGACCCCACGCCCGUGGACAGCGGGUGCAGGGGCAUUGACUCCAAGCACUGGAACUCAUAUUGUACCACGACCCACACCUUCGUCAAGGCGCUGACCAUGGACGGCAAGCAGGCUGCCUGGCGGUUUAUCCGGAUCGACACAGCCUGCGUGUGCGUGCUCAGCAGGAAGGCCGGGAGAAGAGCCUGACCUGCAGGACGGCCCCCACCCUCCCCGAGCUCCCCCUCCACACCCUC